AUGCAACAAUUCUGGCAAGCCGCCACCUCAACCUGGCUCGCCAGCAACAAGCAAGCCAAUGCCACGACGCGAUCCCAGUGGGAAGACCUGCGAAAUCGCUGCUACCGCGACACCGCCCUGCUCGACGACCCAGACGAGCCUCAGACCGACGACGGCAUCUGGCUUCCGUUGUACGCAGAUGGCAUGGCAAGAGACGAGGCGAGCCUGCUGCAGACCAGCAUCAGCUACGGCUGCGAGCUGCACGAGCGGCGCGCCGAGCUGCAGGCAGCUAGCGAGGCGGAAGAAGCUCGUCAGGCUGCCUUGGCCGCCGAGGUCAAGAGACGUCUUGCCGCCAAACGAUGCAAGCGAAAGGGCAAGGCAGCGUCGUCGCCAGCAAAGCGGGCAAAAAGACCCAGAGCUCCUCAGCCAGAGGACGCGGACGAAGAGCAGGACGAGCUCGAGUCCGAUAGCGAGGAGGAAGAGGUCGUGCAAGCCGAGAUCGAGGCUGAGGAGGCUUUACGCUCGGCCGCACGGCAGGUCAAGCCCGACACUUGGUGCACCAAGGCAGAGGGAAAGACCUGGAAGCAAGCAGCCGAAGCUCCUUCGCUGGUCAAGCAUCUGUCCGCCAUCAAGGACGUGCCCAAGGAUGUCUCUUUCACGGACCUUGUGGCGGUCAAGGUCGACCUUGAAGACUCCUCUGGCUCGAUCGCUGUGGACCAGGAAGCCGGCCAUGUCGAGCACGACAUCCGGGGCAUCGACGGCGACCUCAACUCCGACGAGUGCCUGCGAGCCUUCACCUACCUCUUCCGCACCUAUCCUGAUGCGGCUGCGAUCAGGACAGCUGACUCGUUCGCCAUCCCGAGCAAGGCAGUCCUGGCUCAAUACGAGCCAUUUGACCUCACCGAGCUUGGCUUCCGCGCCUACCCUUUGGACGCCAAGCUAGACAAGGCUCUCCGUCAGCCGCUGACGCUGUCGGAGACGCAGCUUCAGUCAGGUCUAUGGUUGUUUCGGAAGGUGGCCUUUGACAUCCGCGAGACGUCCGCGCUGCGCCAGCAGAUGGAAGCUCUCUCGGACGAGGAGCUGUUCGACCGAAGGGACUGGUCAACCGGAGGCAUUGUGGCCGAUCCGCCCGGGCUUGGCAAGACGGUGAUUGCGAUCCUCUUUGCACUCAUCUACCGCAAGCUCAAGGUCUCCAACAAGCCGUGCCUCUUCAUCGUCAAAAACUCGGUCAGCCAGCAGUUUGGCAAGGAGGUCUUCCGCUUCGUGGACGUCACUCUCGGCGACACGUCGGACGGCGAGCUGCACUUGCUCACCCUCACCGAAUCCAACUACGAAGGCAAGCGCGUGCCUCGGGACUUCAAGGCCAACGACCGUACCACGUGGAAUGCGGACCUCUUGGUCGUGGCGUCCAACAAGAACACGGCCCCAAAGGCCAAGAAGGAUCCUCGCCUGCCCUUCCACACGUCGUGGAAGUAUGGUCUUGUCUGCUACGAUGAGGUCCACGACCUCCCUCAGACCACGGCCGGAACCUUCUCGAUGGAGUACAACGUGCAACGCGAGUUCACCGUAGGCUUCUCGGGCACGCCCAUCCGCAACGUGGAGCACUUCCUCUUUGUGAUGGCGUUCUGCGGCCACCCCGCUGCCAAGAUCAGCACGGCGGAAAAGGCUCGAAGCCUUGGCCGAGCGUUCCUCCACAGCUUGGCGCUCGAUGAGGCCGACAGGAAUAACGUGGGACGAGUCUACCGAGACAACAUCCUGCAGUGGACGACGCAGAGGGACAACUUUCUGACGGGUCGAGGUGGCGACCUUACGGGGCUCGAGACACUGGUCUCACGUCUCUACGGCAUGCGCAUUCCUCAAGAGCAGGAUGGCGUCAUGGACGAACCCAUGCGCGCACUGCAUGUGGAACUCCUCAAGACGUUCAUGAAGCCGAUCAGGCACAGCGCCGAGACAGUUGAGCGAGAGCUCAGCAACGUCAAGACGCACCACGAGAAGUUCCACAAGCAGUUGCGCGACAGGUACAUCUUUCCUAUGGGGGACCGCUCUGCCGGGCCCUUCGUGCUGAAGCGUCCUCGUGCAGCCUCGGACCGCCUUCCCGAGCUGCACGAGUUCAACGUUACCAUCGAGCAUGAGCCCAGGCACGGCAAGUGGCUGCACACCAUCGAGCAGAAGGCGAAACGCCAGAGCGUCGCCUUCAAGAUGGCGAGGGACGCUGAACAGCAUCCGCAGAUGACCGAGGACUACAGGGCUGCUCAAAAGCGACUCCACCAGGAGAGCGCGGAGCAAAUGGUCAAGAACCCGAGCUACCAGCAUUACGCCGUCUACCACCCGGCCCUCCUGGCUGCUUCUCUGCAGGAUGGACGCAAGGAAGAACGCGAGGGAAUAGACCUCGACGAGGAGAUCCAAGACAGCUUCGAGCAACUGCCGUCGAAAAAGGGCCUGCUCGUCGCUGCCCUCACCGCGCACAUCCUCGCCAACGUCGACAAGUUCUUCCAGUUUCCUGCUGGAUGCCCAACGCUCCCGAUCGACCCCUCGUCCCUUCCUCCCCGUCUGCCCGAGGGAUCCAGGCCGCAGAAGAUCAUCAUCUUUGCUUUCAAUGGCCAGAUCGCCAUGUUCAUCAUGUGGUUCUUGCAGCGCUUCGAGAUAGGGUUCCUGAACCUGUACGGCGGUGACAGCUUCGACGCUCUCGCCGACCGGAUCGAGAGCUGGGCACACACUCCGACCGUUCCCGUCAUGAUCAUCUCCUCAGCACUAGCGACGGGCAUCAACAUGAUCCAGGCAAACAUCCUGAUCUUUGCCCAGGGAUGCUACAACGAGCUCGAGGAUCAUCAAGUCAAGGGUCGCAUCCAUCGAACGGGUCAAUUGCGUCAGUGCUAUGUAUACAAGCCUCGGGUCGCCAACUCGCACGACGACUCGGUGCGCCUACAGGGCAAAGCCAAGACCCUGAACCAGGCCCCCUUCGAAGGAACCAGCUCCAAGAUCCUCGAGUUCUGCGAGGCGAGCAGCUUUGCGCCACGCAUGCGCUCGUGGGAGCGGUGGGCUGUCAAGGCGGGCUUCGGACCGGAGGAGAGACCUCUCACCUGGUGGCACCGAGGCGGAUCGAUGCUGCCGUCUCUGGACGACGACCACUCCGAGGAUCGCGCUUCGACCACGCAGACGGCUGGUUCGCUCGAGGCGAUCCCAGAGGAGCCGAUGCCACCGGCUUGA